AUGUUGAAAGCAGGUUUACUGCCAUCACCAAUAAUAAAUCCAUUAUCGUCGACUUUAGCUUCAUCAAAAAAUAAAAUUAGUACACAAACUUUUGUUGAACUUCGAUCAGAUGUUCCAAAUGUAAAAAUUUACUUUAGUGUCGAUGGUACAAAACCUGAUCCAUUUCAAAUAUUUAAAACUGGUACUGUUUCAACUUAUCUUUAUCGUGGAGCAUUUCGUCUUGGACCAGGACGACGUGUUGUGAAAGCUAUUGCCGUUACGACUGAUGGAUUACGUGAAAGUCAUGUAACAACAAAAUAUUUUGAUGUCAAUGAUAUGUAUUCAGAGAAUUAUCCGGAAUAUCCAGAUGAAUAUUUGGAAAAUGAACAGACAUUUAAUCAAAUGGAUAAAAGUCCAGAACGAACUCCACCAUUGAAAAAGAAGAAAAAUCCACGUACUCAUAAUGAUCAUCGUCGAUCUAAUUCAGCCAAUCAAUCGAAAAAUGAUCUUGGACGAACAGCAUGGGAUGAUAGUUUUAAUGUUCAAGGUAGUAUUGAAGGCCCGAUUUCACCUGUUAAUUAUGCUGGUACACAAAUUAAUAUUUGGGGUACACCCGGAGGACAUUGGGCUGACGAAUUAUUACACAUUGCUGAUCCUAAUAGAAAUCCUAAUUAUGGAUAUAUGACUGAACAAAUGCUCGAACGCUUACAACCAGCAAGAAAUUUACCUAUUGCUCCAACACAACCACCUCGAAUUACUGAUGUUACUCAUGAAGAAGAAGAUUUCUGGGAUCGAAAACCAAAACCAUUCAGUCCAGGCAAUGGAAAUUGGAAAAAAACUCUUGAACACUUAUUUUUAAACAUUUAUAACUACGUAAAAGAUGAACAAGAAUUACGUGAACUUUUUGGCUGGAAGAAAUUUGGACGAAUUGAAACAGCACGUCUUAUUGAUAAAGGUGGUAAUUAUCAAAUAGUGACUACGUUUAAAAAACCUCUUGGAGAACAAACAUCUUAUGAAGAGCCUGCACCUGUUCGUAAACCACCUCCACAACGUCGACCACCAAAACGUAUACGAACACCACCUGAUACAGAAGAAAGACCCGUUCGACCAACACAAACAAUAACACCACCACCAUCUCCACCACCUGUUCGUCAAGAAGAAUCAAUGCAUGAAGAAGAACAACGUACACCACGCAUUUAUAUAGAAGAAACCGUGCAACAAGGCACACUUGUACCAUUUCCUGAUUUUAAUGUCGAACGAGAUUGUGACAACCUUCAUAAAGCCAUGAAAGGCCUUGGAACAGAUGAAGAUAUGCUUAUUCACAUACUUGGCAAUCGUAGUAAUGAUCAACGUUUACAAAUUCGUGAUAAAUAUAAAACAAUGUUUGGUCGCGAUUUAGCUGAUGACAUAAAAGGUGAUACAUCAGGAAAUUUUCGUCAAGUAUUAAAAAAUCUUUUAUACUCACCUGUUGAAUAUGAUUGUCAUGAAUUACGACGAGCUAUUAAAGGAGCUGGUACAGAUGAAGAAGCAUUAAUUGAAAUUUUAGCAAGUCGUUCAAAUAAACGUAUACAAGCAAUUAAUGAGCUUUACCAAAAAUUAUUUAAUCGAACACUUGAAAAGGAUGUUGUUGGAGAUACAAGUGGAUAUUUAAAAAAACUAUUAGUAAUAUUGUUACAAGGGCAACGACCAGAAUCUAAUGAAGUUAAUGAAGAUGAAGCAGAAAAUGAUGCAAGAACUUUAUAUGAAGCUGGCGAAAAAAAAUGGGGAACGGAUGAAUCAAAAUUCGUCGAAAUUCUUGCAAACCGAAGCAAUGCGCAACUGAAAGCUGUUUUUGACCGUUAUCAACAAUUUAGUAAAAAAGAUAUUGAAGCAGCCAUUAAAUCAGAAACAAGUGGAAACAUAUGUAAAGGCUUAUUAGCAAUUGUUAAAGUUAUGCGUAAUCGACCAGCUUAUUUUGCUUAUCAACUCAAGAAAGCAUUAAAAGGUAUGGGUACUGAUGAAGAUGAAUUAAAUCGUGUUGUUAUAUCACGUUGUGAAGUUGAUAUGAUUCAAAUAAAAGAAGAAUAUGAAAAUAUUAUGAAACGUUCAUUAGAAAAACAUGUUCAGAGUGAUACAAGUGGUGAUUAUCGAAAAAUUCUUCUUGAAUUAUUAAAAGAUCCCAGUCAACGAAGUCAAAGAGCUGGCAAUGAGAAAUAUGAAAAUGUCGAAUUGCCUGGUUAUGAGCAACCUGCUAUUUACAAUGAAGAAAUUAUUCAACAAGGAACAAUGACAGCAGCUCCAAAUUUUGAUGCUAAUCGAGAUGCUGAUGCUUUACGAAAAGCUAUGAAAGGUUUAGGUACAGAUGAACAAGCAAUUAUUAAUAUAUUAGGUAAUCGAAAUACUGCUCAACGAUUACAAAUCAAAGCUGCAUUUAAAAAUAAAUUGGGACGUGAUUUAAUAGCUGAUCUUAAAUCUGAAACAUCUGGUAAUUUUUCGAAAUUACUUGAACGUCUAAUGAUGGAUCCUGUUGAACUUGAUUGUUUUGAAUUAAAACAAGCUGUAAAAGGUUUAGGUACAGAUGAAGAAACAUUAAUUGAAAUAUUAUCAAGUCGUAGUAAUGAACGAUUAAGAGCAAUUGGUGAAACAUAUCAAAAAAUGUAUACAAAACCAUUGGAGAAAGAUGUUAAAUCAGACACAAGUGGACACUUUCGUCGUUUACUUGUUUCACUUAUGCAAGGACGACGACCUGAAACAACUGAAGUUAAUGUGGAACAAGCUAAACAAGAUGCACAGUCAUUACUUGAUGCUGGUGAAGCAAAAUUUGGAACAGAUGAAUCAAGAUUUAAUGCCUUAUUUUGUGAUCGUAGUGAUCCACAAUUACGAGCAAUUUUUAAUGAAUAUGCUAAAUUAACUGGCAAAUCAAUCGAGGAAUCAGUAAAAAGUGAAACAAGCGGCGAUCUUCAAAAGGGUCUUUUAGCUAUUAUACGAUGUGUACGAAGUCGUCCACAUUUUUUUGCUGAACAAUUACGUAAAGCUAUGAAGGGAGCUGGUACAAAAGAAUCAACAUUAAAUCGAGUAAUAAUAACACGUUCAGAAGUUGAUCUUAUUCAAAUAAAAGAAGCAUUUUCUCGUUUGUAUAAUCGAGAAUUAGAACGUGAUGUUAGUUCAGAAACAAGUGGAGAUUAUAAAAAAUUACUUUUGGAACUACUUAAAAAUCCAUCACAACGUAGUUGA